UUCUGAGCCAGCGCCCUCGCUGGGCCGGAGGGGAAGUGACGCUGCUGCCGGAAUAUGGCGGCGACGGCGGCAAUCGCUUCGUCAACCACGGCCUCUGCCACGGCGACGGUCACUGCAGCGGCUCUCGGGGAAGUGGAGGAUGAAGGGCUCCUGGCAUCGCUGUUCCGAGACCGCUUCCCCGAGGCCCAGUGGCGGGAGCGGCCCGACGUGGGCCGCUACCUCCGGGAGUUGAGCGGCUCCGGGCUGGAGAGGCUGAGGCGCGAGCCCGAGCGCUUGGCGGAAGAGCGAGCGCAGCUGCUGCAGCAGACGCGCGACUUGGCCUUUGCCAACUACAAGACCUUCAUCCGAGGCGCCGAGUGCACCGAGCGCAUCCACCGCCUCUUUGGCGACGUGGAGGCGUCGCUGGGCCGCCUGCUCGACCGCUUGCCCAGCUUCCAGCAGAGCUGCAGAAACUUUGUCAAAGAGGCUGAGGAGAUCAGCUCCAACCGCCGGAUGAACACCCUGACUCUAAACCGGCACACAGAAAUCCUGGAAAUCCUGGAGAUUCCUCAGCUAAUGGACACCUGUGUCCGGAACAGCUAUUAUGAAGAGGCCCUGGAGCUUGCAGCCUACGUACACCGACUGGAAAGGAAAUACUCCUCCAUCCCUGUCAUCCAGGGCAUUGUGAAUGAAGUGCGCCAGUCCAUGCAGCUGAUGCUGAGCCAGCUGAUCCAGCAGCUAAGAACCAACAUCCAGCUCCCUGCCUGCCUCCGUGUCAUUGGUUUCCUGCGGUGCAUGGAUGUCUUCACUGAGGCUGAGUUGAGGGUGAAGUUUCUUCAGGCCCGCGAUGCUUGGCUCCGUUCCAUCCUGACUGCCAUCCCCAAUGAUGAUCCCUAUUUCCACAUCACAAAAACCAUUGAGGCCUGCCGUGUCCAUCUGUUCGAUAUCAUCACCCAGUACCGUGCCAUAUUCUCCGAUGAGGACCCUUUGUUGCCCCCUGCCAUGGGUGAGCACACUAUGAAUGAGAGUGCCAUCUUCUAUGGCUGGGUGCUACAGAGAGUCUCACAGUUCCUGCAGGUGCUGGAGACCGACCUUCACCGGGGAAUUGGUGGUCGUCUAGACUCUUUGCUGGGUCAGUGCAUGUACUUUGGGCUGUCCUUCAGCCGGGUGGGGGUUGAUUUCCGGGGCCAGUUGGCUCCUGUUUUCCAGCGGGUGGCCAUCAGCACUUUCCAGAAAGCAAUUCAGGAAGCAGUGGAGAAGUUCCAGGAUGAAAUGAAUUCCUACACCCUCAUCUCAGCUCCAGCCAUCCUGGGCAGCAGUAAUCUGCCUGCUGCUGUGCCAGUCACUCAGCCGGGGACGCUGCAGCCACCCAUGGUGCUCUUAGAUUUUCCACCCCUCGCCUGCUUCCUCAACAAUAUUCUGGUCGCCUUCAAUGAUCUGCGCCUCUGCUGCCCUGUGGCCCUGGCACAGGGUGUUACUAGGGCCCUGGAGGACGCCCUUGCCAAGGUAACCAAAACAAUCCUGGCCUUCCAUCGCGCAGAAGAGGCUGCUUUCAGCAGUGGGGAGCAAGAGCUCUUUGUCCAGUUCUGCACUGUCUUCCUGGAAGACCUUGUUCCUUAUUUAAAUCGCUGUCUCCAAGUCCUUUUUCCACCAGCUCAGAUAGCACAGACCUUAGGCAUUCCACCCACUCAGCUCUCCAAGUACGGAAACCUUGGGCAUGUGAACAUCGGCCUCGUCCAGGAGCCUCUUGCCUUCCUCCUGCCGAAGAGAGAGCUGGUCCUCUGUCUAGAUGAAAAGGAGCUGGUGCCGGAACUCGCAGCUCCAGCACCCGCCGCCGAGGAGUCAGGCUUGGAGUCCGUCGCUGCAGCUCGCCCUGAGGAUGCGCAGGAGCAGGCGGACUCAGCCGAGGCGCCGCAAGCUGAGGCGCCCGGUGCGGACCCCUAGCCGGCGCC